ACAGCUGCCUGACGAUGGAGAGGAUCUUGGUGGGACUCCUGCUUCUCACAGGGCAGCUCAGCCUCUCUACCUGCCGUCAGUAUCACUUUGUCAACCAGUCAUCCACUUGGAGUGAAGCUCUGACCCACUGCAGACAAACAUACACAGACCUGGCCUCUAUUAACAGCGCUGUUGAAAAUGAUGAGCUUAAGACAACACUCAAUUCUGCUGGUCAUGACUCUGAUGUCAGGAUCGGUUUGUACAACGAAGUCAACUGGAAGUGGUCUGAUGGCUUCAGCAGCAGUGGGGCUGACUACAGGAACUGGUACACUUCAGCUAAUGACCCUGAUUUCAUUGGAGCCAAUCAGUUCUGUGUAAGCAUAACCGUGAAUGGGUUAUGGCUCGACACAGACUGCAGCAGCAACUUACCAUUUGUUUGUUACGAUGGAACACGUCUGGCUCGUAAAUUUGUUUUUGUUAACAUAUCAAAGGACUGGAUGAGUGCCCAGAAGUACUGCAGGGAGAGCUACACCGACCUGGCCACUGUCAGUAGCCACGUAGAAAACAAGAAGAUCAAUGACCUGACGAAUAAAACCUCGGCAUGGAUUGGUCUGUUUAGAGAUGAUAAGUUUUCUUGGUCUGAUGGUAUGAGUUUCCAAUUCAGCAGGUGGGAUAAUGUUGAGAAUCUCAUUGGCUCAAUGAGAAUCAUAUGUGGUGCCACGUCCGUUAAGAGAUCAGUGGCUUGGAAAUUCUUGUCCUGUGAAACAAAGUUACCUUUUGUCUGCUACAGCCUCCCCCCUGAAGUAAAACGGGCGACGAAGAUGAUGAUGGAAUCGGAGGAUUCUGCGGUUCUGAACAAACCCGCUCUGAAAGCAAACAUCCUUAAAAAGCUCCAGGACAGUUUGGAGGAGAAAGGAGUGAGAGGAGUCUCCCUGGAGUGGACAGAGACGGCUGGUGGAAAACAAGCAGAGGCAGAGAAAGAAGGCUGAACUGUUAGUCCCAACUUGGAUUUAACCAGACAUGUUACAAUUAAGUUCAAAAUUAUUCAUACCCCUGGAAUAUCCUUUUGUUUUCAAUUUACAAGGAAGUUUAUUUCUGAUAACAAAAGAGACGGGUAUCUCUCAAACGAUAAAAUAAUGCAAAAGAACUAUCAUUUGAAAAAUAUAAUGCUUUUUUUUUUUUAUUAAUUUAGAUUUUAAUAAAAUGACAUGUUGAACAAUUAAGUAUUUUCUUCCCAGUUAUGAGUGGGGGAAAUCCUGGCGUUACAGCAAUCAAACACUUCUUCAAAUUUUCUGACCAGAUUUUGGUAUUUUGAAAGAUGAUAUUUUAUGUGGAGCUCCAGGUCUGUGAGGCUUUGAUGGCCUCAUUGCCAUCACCUUAAUCUUUAGCUCACCUCCACAGAUUCUCUAUGACGUUCUACCAAUCAAUGGGCCGCUGUGAAUUAUUAAUACUACUUCCUGUCAGUUAGAGACAUAUUGGUAAAAGUAAAACUUAAUCUAAAUUUGCCAUGGGGUAGGAAUAAUUUUGGGCUCAGUAAUUAAUUUCUUUCUUUUGCUUGAAAGUAUAUAUAUAUAAAAAUAAACAUGAUAGAAGAGCUCUAGAAGACUUGCUACUGCUACUAGAAACUGGUUUAACUGGUGGGGUUGGGGCUGUUGUGAAAAACAAAUUGUCAUUUUUGUAACUAUAUAGUCAAAGUUGGUUUCCUGUCUGCAUUAUUAAGAUGUCAAGUAAAAUUGUUCCUUGAUGGCAUCUCAGCUUCGUAGGGUGUGUCCCUGUAUUGCAAUAAACAUUUUCUUCUCAAAGAUCAA